AUGUCGCCACCAAAUCAACCAAUUCAGGAUGAACAGCAACAAAAUUGUUAUUGUUAUUAUGAUGAUCAGUUUCAACAUUCUGCUCAGCAACUUCAGCAACAACUCCAACAAGGACAACUUUGGAGUCACGUGCAACAACAGCAACAGGCUCAAAAUUCCGGUCAACAACACAUUUAUAUGCAACGAAUUAAUAAUCCAACCCAGCAAUUUCUUCAACAACAAACUCAAAAUCCUGAUCAAGAAACUAUUGCAUUUGAUGAUUCAUUAUCAAUUACUGCAACAAGUUCACCAUUUCAAAAAAUGACUAAUAUCGACAACAAUAACAUACUGGAAGCGCAAUAUUUGCCACCACAACCACCACAGCAACACUGCCAAUUAGUUUAUGCUAAAAACAACUCGCAUACUUCACAUUCAAUUAAUAACAACAUCAGUGGUUUAAAUAGUCCCGAUGUAAAUUUAAAUGUUCCUUCAUUAAAUUGUGGAAACAAGAAUGAAGAUCUUUUUGCAGCCUAUUCUUAUCAUUCAAUGAAGAUGAAUCAACAUCGAUUUAAAAUGGACCAAAUUUUCAAUACGUUAUGGCAUAGAGUUAAUUAUUACUAA